CCCUGAUACGGCCACGACCGACGGGGCGCCCCGAUCGUUCGACCUGGGCCAUGCGGCGAGACGCGGCCGCCGCCUCGCCGCCGGUAGCAGCCGAGGCGCGGGGGAAGGUCGAGGCGGUGGUCAUUGACGUCGAGGGCCGGGAGCCCCAGGCACCACCGGCGGCCCCGGCCGGUGUUGCAUGCCGGAUCUGCCACCUCGUCCCGGAGAGGGACGACGGGCCGGGGUCGGAGGUGAUCCGGCUCGGCUGCGGCUGCAAGGACGAGCUCGGCGCCGCGCACCACCACUGCGCCGAGGCCUGGUUCAGGAUCAAAGGCGACAGGCGCUGUGAGAUUUGUGGUUCAGAUGCCCAAAAUAUUAUUGGGCUGGAAGUGAAAAAAUUCAUGGAAGAAUGGCAUGGCCGAAGAGUGGCAAACACACGAACUACAACGGAGAGGGAACAUACUUGUUGGAGAACGCAACCUUUUUGUUGCAUCGAGAAAUAUAUGUAUGAGUUUGGAGAAAUUUGCAGGUAGCUGCACAAGUAGUCAAGGGCUCAAGGCAUCAGGAAUGGCCUAUACUUCCGUAAUACUACAUCAUCGCAAGCAGUAUUCAAUGCUUGUCCCCGAAGAAACAGCUUUUUGUUCUUCGUAUUGAUAUUAUUAUUAACAAGAUAUCAUCGUUGAAGGUGACAUGUUCUUGAUUUAUGCUUUGCUUUGCUUCAGUAGUUCAGUGGAUUGGUCUGGUCUCUUUGUUCUAGAACCAUUGCUGAGAUGAGCAAAGAAGAUUAUCCGUGUUGUGAAGGUGAGAUGCGAUGUUACUGAUGGCAGGAGCACUCACUUGCCAAAAAAUUGGUACUCUGGUAAUUAAAUAUUUUGUGAGA